UUUCACCUUCCCGCUCACUUUUUCCGCGUUCGAAAUUUCACCGCCCAAUUAUUCAGUGUUAUUAAUACUUCACCACGCUUCUCAACAAAUCCCAAUUUAACAAAAAUCAAUCCCUAUUCUUGUUUUCCUGCCGCAAUCCACCGUCGCUUCAACCAUGUCCACCAAGCGCAAAACAAGGUCUUCCUCUUCUCCUUCCCCUGCUUCCUCCAUGAAGCGUGUUACUCGUUCAUCGGUCACUCCUAUCGUUCCUUCCAGUUCUCCUUCUCCAGCCUCCUCCCUCAAGCGUGUUACUCGGAAUGUCGCUUCAAAUUCCGGUAAGUCUAAGGACAAGGUUGUUGAUGUCACUUCAAAUUCCCGUAAGUCUAAAGGCGCCGUCAAAGAAGAGAUAUCUUCCUCUGCCGUCAAAGAAGAGAUAUCAACCUUCAUGGAUGUGACACCAUCAACACCUGACGGGGAAGGGUCCAAUGUGAAAUUCAUAGGAGAGCCUGUUCCUAUUGAGGAAGCCAGAAGGCGCUGGCCCAAACGGUACCAGGAGAAGGAAAAGAAAGUGUCUACCGGGUCAAGAUCAAACAGGAAGCAGGAUGAAGAUGAGGAGAUUCUUCAAGCUCGACGUCACUACACUUGUGCUGAGGUUGAUAGGUCUACAAUAUAUAAGCUUUUUGACGACGCCCAUGUUAAGGCAGAUGAAGGGGAAGACAAUUACAUUUGUAAAAUUGUGGAGUUAUUUGAAGCUAUUGAUGGAUCACUGUACUUCACGGCACAAUGGUAUUAUAGGGCCAAAGACACUGUCAUUAAAAAACUGGCAUAUCUUAUUGAACCAAAACGAGUUUUCUUUUCUGAAAUUCAAGAUGACAACCCCUUGGAUUGUCUAGUUGAAAAACUUAACAUUGGUAGAUUACCAUUAGAUAUAGAUUUAAAUGUGAAGAAGGAAACCAUCUCUUCUUAUGAUUAUUAUUGUGAUACACAAUAUCUUUUGCCAUACUCCACUUUUGUUAACUUACCAUCAGAUAAUGAUGAAACUAGUAGCGAGACUUGUUCUAUAAUAUCCAGUGAUACUACUAACGGGGUUGAAAAGUCUGAGGUAGACUCCCAAUCUAAGGAUGCCCACCUCCCUCACCGGAGUAAGGAUAUGGAGAUGAAACUACUAGAUUUAUAUUCUGGUUGUGGAGCAAUGUCAACUGGGUUGUGUCUGGGUGGACAAUUAUCUGGAGUGAAUUUAGUUACAAAAUGGGCUGUAGACUUGAAUAAACAUGCCUGUGAAUCUCUUAAAUUAAAUCACCCUGAGACUGAGGUCAGAAAUGAAUCAGCAGAAUGUUUUCUUUCAUUAUUGAAGGAGUGGCAAAAAUUAUGUAGUUAUUUUGAUCUAGUNGAAAAUAAGGUGUCACAUGAGAAAUAUGUGAAUCUUUUUAGUGAGGUGGAAGAAGAUGAUGCUGAGGAGAUUNAGGAAGAUGGAACUGAUGAUGAACAUGGUGAAAUAUUUGAAGUUUCUGAAAUCUUUGCUGUCUGUUAUGGUGAUCCAAAUAAGAAAAAAGAGCAAGGGUUAUACUUUAAGGUUCAUUGGAAGGGUUAUGGAUCUGAUGAGGAUUCUUGGGAACCAAUUGAAGGUUUAAGGCAUUGUAAGGACAAAAUUAAUGAAUUUGUCAUUCAAGGCUUUAAGUCAAAUAUAUUGCCUUUGCCGGGAGAUGUUGAUGUGAUUUGUGGUGGACCCCCUUGUCAAGGUAUUAGUGGUUUCAACCGGUUCAGAAACAAAGAGAAUCCUUUAGAUGAUGAGAAGAACAAACAAAUGGUUGUUUAUAUGGAUAUUGUUCAAUACCUUAAGCCCAAAUUUGCGUUGAUGGAAAAUGUGGUUGAUAUUGUUAAAUUUGCGGAUGGCUUUCUUGGGAGAUAUGCUUUGGGUCGUCUCCUUCAAAUGAAUUAUCAAGCACGUCUGGGAAUUAUGGCUGCAGGCUCUUAUGGACUUCCUCAGUUUCGUUUGCGGAUGUUCUUAUGGGGGGCUGCACCUUCUCAGACAUUACCUCAAUUUCCACUCCCAACUCAUGAUGUUAUUGUGAGGGGUGUUAUUCCCGUAGAGUUUGAGACCAAUACAGUGGCGUAUGAUGAAGGGCACACCACUCAACUACAGAGCAAACUAUUAUUAAAAGAUGCCAUUUCUGACCUUCCUGCGGUUGAAAAUAGUGAACAUCGUGAUGAAAUGAAAUAUUGCAAACCUGCUGAAACAGAGUUCCAACGAUUCAUUAGAUCAACCAAAAGUGAAAUGUUAGGUAUUCAAAGCAAAACAAAAUCAUCGAAGACUUUGCUUUAUGAUCAUCGUCCUUUAGAAUUGAAUGCGGAUGAUUACCAGCGUGUGUGUAGGAUUCCUAAAAAGAAGGGUGCAUGUUUUAGAGAUUUACCAGGUGUUCUUGUGGGAACUGAUAACAAGGUUGAGUGGGAUCCUGAUGUGGAACGUGUUUAUUUGGAUUCCGGAAAACCAUUGGUUCCCGAUUAUGCCAUGUCUUUUGUGAAUGGAACUUCUUCAAAACCUUUUGCUCGUUUAUGGUGGGACGAAACUGUUCCGACUGUUGUGACACGAGCAGAACCUCACAAUCAGGCAAUUUUACACCCAGAACAAGAUAGAGUGUUGACUAUUCGCGAAAAUGCACGACUCCAAGGUUUUCCAGAUUUUUACAAGUUGUGUGGACCAGUCAAAGAGAGGUACAUUCAAGUUGGGAAUGCAGUGGCUGUUCCAGUGGCUCGUGCUCUAGGAUACACGCUAGGACUUGCAUUCCAAGGUUCUACUUCUGCAAGUGAUGGACCAUUAUAUACAUUACCUGAUAAAUUUCCUAUGCUUAGAGAACAAGUUUCUUCUGUUGCUUCUGAAGAUGAUGAACAAGUUCUAUGACUAGCUUAGGGAACUCCUUUCAUUUUGUAUCUCCAGAAAUCAUUGUUGUGUGCUGGGAACAUUGUUGUAGUGCUGUUACUGUUGAAAAAUUUUCCAUUAUGUUUUUUUGGGAAACAUUUGAGUUAUUAAGUAAAAUCUUUUAAUUUAGUUUCUUUGUUUUGAGA